AUGGAAGUCAGGCAUGGAACAAUACUAGCACUCAUCCAGAACAAGAAGGAUGAUGAACUGUACAGGGAUCCAGUAGUCCAAAUCAAUGCAAUGGUGAAGAUCAAGACGCAGGAUGGGAAGUCGCGCUACUACUUGAAUCUGAGUGAUGGAAGACACUUUGCAAGGGGAAUAUUCUCAUCACAGCUGAGCAUGCAGAUUGAGAAUGGGCAGCUGAAGGAGAACAUGGUUGUGAGACUGGGGCUGUUCAGUACCAGACAGAAGGACACCACGACCUACCUGUUGGUGAAUACGAUUCUGGCCCAGGAAGAAUGUGACCAUGAGAUUGGAUCACCAGUGAGUGUGACGAGUGAGAAGAAGGAGGAGUUAGAGAAGAAGAAGGAGGAGUUAGAAAACAAGAAGAACACCGUCCAGGGUGAUAGGACGACCAAAAGACGCAAGUCGACUGAGCCAGGGUGUCUGAGCAUCAGGGACCUGAAUCCGUUUCUGAACAGCUGGGCUGUUCGUGGGCGAGUUGUUGACAAAUCCACGAUCAGGAAGUUCAACACCAAAAAUGGGGAGGGGCAGCUGUUCUCGUUUGAGAUCAUCGAUCACACGCAGCAAUGCAAGGUCGUCUGUUUUGGUAGUGCAGUUGAGCAGUUUCAUCCACUGAUUGAGAACAAUCGCGUCUAUCGAUUCACACAGGGGGUGGUGAAGAUGGCCAACAAGAACUACAGCAGCAACAACUUCGACUAUGAGAUCCACCUGGAAGAGAAGUCCACGGUUGAACUCAUAGAUGACACCACAAUGCCAGAAUACUGCUUCAAAUUCAAGAAGGUGUCUGAGAUAGAGACGAAUAAGCUGGUUGACGUGGUGGCUGUGAUCAAGGAGGUGUAUCCAUCACAGACAAUCACGGUGAAGAGCAGUGGCAAGGAGGUUGAUAAGAGAGACAUGGUGGUCUAUGAUGAGACAGGGAGUGCUCGUGUGACACUUUGGGGAGAGAAGGCAGCUGGUGACUACGAGAAGGGGACUGUGGCCGUGUUCAAGGGAUUCAGGGCAUCAGAAUACAACGGAAUCGCCCUUGGAUCAGUUGGAAGUGCCCAGAUUCUGGUGAAUCACGAUAUCAGGGAAGUGGUUGAGUUGACAGCGUGGUACGAGACAGUGGGAAAGAACGUCGUUCUUGAGAAGCCAAGGGCGUCUGGGAGAAGGCAGAUGAUUGGUGAUCUGAUUGAGAGCAAUGCCGAGUUUGGGGUGAUUUGGGGGACAGUUGUCUUCGUGAAAGAGGAUCAGCUGCUCUACACGUCCUGUCCAAGUGACGGAUGCACCAAAAAGGUGACUCAGGAGGAGAAUGGGGAAUUCAGGUGUGAGAAAUGCAACGAGGUAUUCGCAGAAUGCGGCUACAGGUACAUGGUCACAAUGUGUGUGAGCGACUUCACUGGGCAGUUUUGGAUGACGGCAUUCGAUAACGCAGCACAGAAAAUGCUUGGAAUGGGCGCAAAGGAGCUGAAUGCGCUGAGGGAGACCGAUUUGGACGAGGUGGCUGCGGCAGUGAAGGGAGUUGUGGGACGAGAGUUCACGAUGAAACUGCGCAUCAGAGACCACAUCUACAACGAGGAGGUCACAAAGCGCGUGAAUUGUCUGGAUGCAGAUUCAGUCGACAAAAAGUUGGCAAUGAGGCAGAUGCUCCACCAAAUUGACAAGGCAGACGGAAUGUAG